GGCCCGGCGCUCAGCCCGCCAUGGCGCUAUCGCAGAGCGGAACGGCCGAGCCCGAGGAGCCGUCACCCCGCACCCUGCAGCGAAUGCAGGAGUCCACCCCGACGGGGCCGGUGGAGCUCCAGCCCGUCCCGGAGCACGGCGAGCGGCAAGCGGCGGCAGCGCCGAAGCUGCGGGUGCUGCUGACCCCGGUGGCGGUGCCGGGCGGGCGGCUGCCCCAGAAGCGGCUGCUGGGCGCCUACGGCGGGGCCGAGGGCAGCGACCCGGCCGGGAAGAGGCUGUGUCUGCAGCCCAGCCCCGGGAAAACCCGAUCGCCACAGGCAUCCCCGGCGGGCAAAGGCUCGGGAGGCGUCUGGGAUGCGGAGAGCGACGGGAGCGACGGGGGAGACGCUGCCCUGGAUGGAUACUCACAGUUGUCAGCCUACGAGAGGAAAAGACUAAAAAACAUCACAGAAAAUGCUAAGUUCUUUGCUGCCUUGAAGCUGCACAAGUCAGCAGCACGACUUAACCAGAUUGCAACUAAAAGACCACCUCAUGUCACCAAAAGGGCUAAACCUAAAAAGGCAGAAGAUGAAACCGUGCGGCGAAGGUCGAUGCGGCUGCAGAGAGUGGAACCAUCAGAAGUGCCAGUGCCAGAGCUGCCUGCACAGCCAGGGCCAGAGAAAUAUCCUCAGGUUCCAGAGGGACCUUUGCCAAUGGUUCCAGAAGAUCAGGUGGAGAGCAGUAAACUGACAGAGGAUUUAUUGGCAACGUGGAUGAGGAUCACUGAGGUGAAAGCUUGUGAUACUGAAAAGAGCACAUGGGACAUGAAAAGGUACCAGGACAGCCUGAGAAGCAUGGUCCUCUGUGAAGAAAACAUUAAAAAGGUGGUGAAGAACAGGGUGUGUUCCAUGGCCAUCCACCCUUCAGAAAGCAUCAUCCUCGUGGCUGCUGGAGACAAGUGGGGGCAGGUUGGGCUCUGGAACGUGAGCUGUAGGUCUGAGGAAGGAGCACAUGUCUUUGUUCCCCACAAUGACCCAGUCAGCUGCAUGCACUUUUCUCCCUGCAAUGCUGCUCACCUGCUGUCCCUCAGCCACAGCACCCUGCGCUGCGGCGAUGUCACCAGGGCUGUCUUUGACGAGGUAUUCAGGAAUGAAGGAAACCUCUCUUCCUUUGACUUUCUGGAGGACAGUGCCUCCACAGCCAUCGUAGGACACUGGGAUGGUGACGUUGCUGUUGUGGACAGACGGACCCCAGGAACAUCUCCAGAGCUUUCUGCAGACAUUGGCUUCAGCAGGACGAGGACAGUCCAUGUUCACCCAGUGAAUAAGCAGUAUUUCCUGGCUGCUGGCUCAGUGGAUGUUUGUAUCCAUGACCUUCGGUACCUGAAGCCCAAGGGGAACAACCCUGUGAGCUCCCUGAAAGGACACACAAAAAGUGUGGCUUCUGCCUACUUCUCCCCUGUCACUGGGAACAGGGUGGUGACAGUGUGUGCUGAUGACAAGCUGAGGGUCUAUGACACCACCUCCUUGUCACCAACAGCUGCAGUUCUCAGCACCAUCAGACACAACAACAACACGGGGCGCUGGUUAACCCGGUUCAGAGCCAUCUGGGACCCCAAGCAGGAGGAGUGCUUCGUGGUGGGCAGCAUGGCACGGCCCAGGCAGAUAGAAGUCUUCCAAGACACUGGAAAACUGUUGCACUCCUUCUACAGUGAGGACUGUCUUGGGUCUGUGUGCUCCAUCAAUGUUGUUCAUCCCACGAGGAACGUCCUGGUGGGUGGCAACUCCAGCGGCCGUCUCCAUGUGUUCAAGGAAUAAAGAAAAGUGGUGCACAUUCCUUUUUUCUUUUUUCUUUUUUUUGUUUUGUUUUGUUUGUUUUUUGGCAUUCUCUUUGGUUAAUCCAUACCAAGCUGUUUCUAAGCUAGCUGUGUUUCCUCAGGACAAAAGUGUACUUUAAAAGCUUUAAAAUA